AUGAUUUCUCUUUUUAAUUUACUAUGUCCUUCUUUUUAUAUCCACUUCCUCCCUUUCUCCAUUUUCUUCUUUCUCUUCUCUGUUGAUUUCCAGGUUUUCCUCUAUUUUUUUUUUCUUAAAUUUUAUCUCUGUUUCCUCUUUCUUGCCUUUCUUUUAAAAUUUACCCAGUCUCCAUUAGUGUUCUAUUUUAUUCUUUUUCCUUGUCAAAUCUUUCUCAUUUUUCUUUUUCUUAUAUUCUUUCACACGCUUAUAUUCUUUUUCUUAUAUUCUUUCACGCUCUUAUAUUCUGUUUCUUUUUCUUUAUAUUCUUUUCACUUAUAUUCUUUCACGCUUAUAUUCUUUUUUUUUUCUUAUAUUCUUUUCACGCUCUAUAUUCUGUUUCUUUUUUUUCUUUUUCUUAUAUUCUUUUCACACGCUUAUAUUCUUUUUUAUUUUUUUCUUAUAUUCUUUCACACUCUUAUAUUCUGUUUCUUUUUUUUAUAUUCUUUUUUCUUAUAUUCUUUCAUUCUUAUAUUCUGUUUCUUUUCUUAUAUUUCUUUUUACAUACUUUCCGCUUAUAUUCUUUUUUUUUAUAUUCUUUCACGCUCUUAUAUUCUUUUUUUUUUUCUUAUAUUCUUUCACACGCUUUAUUUUUUCUUUUUUCUUUCACUCUUAUAUUCUUUUUUUCUUAUUCUUUUCACGCUUUUAUAUUCUGUUUCUUUUUCUUAUAUUCUUUUCACAUUCUUUUCUUAUAUUCUUUUUUUCUUAUAUUCUUUCACGCUCUUAUAUUCUUUUUCUUUUCUUAUAUUCUUUCUUUAUAUUCUUUUCUUUUCUUAUAUUCUUUCACGCUCUUAUAUUCUUUUUUUCUUAUAUUCUUCACACGCUUAUAUUCUGUUUCUUUUUCUUAUAUUCUUUCACGCUCUUAUAUUCUGUUUUUUUUUUUAUAUUCUUUCACACGCUUAUAUUCUUUUUCCUUUUUCUUAUAUUCUUUCACACGCUUAUAUUCUUUUUUUUUUUUCACGCUCUUAUAUUCUUUUUUUUUUCUUAUAUUCUUUUUAUUUCUAUUCUAUAUUCUUUCACGCUUAUAUUCUGUUUUUUUUCUUAUAUUCUUUCACGCUCUUAUAUUCUUUUCUUAUUUCUUUCACGCUCUUAUAUUCUUUUCACAUAUUCUUUCACUUUAUAUUCUUUUUUUUUUCUUAUAUUCUUUCACGCUCUUAUAUUCUGUUUCUUUUUUUCUUAUAUUCUUUUCACACGCUUAUAUUCUUUUUUUCUUAUAUUCUUUCACGCUCUUAUAUUCUGUUUCUUUUUUUCAUAUUCUUUUCAUAUUCUUUCACGCUUAUAUUCUUUUUCUUAUAUUCUUUCACGCUCUUAUAUUCUGUUUUCUUUUUUCUUAUAUUCUUUCACGCUUUAUUCUUUUUUUCUUAUAUUCUUUCACGCUCUUAUAUUCUUUUCUUUUUUUCUAUAUUCUUUCACAUCGCUUAUAUUCUUUUUUUUCUUAUAUUCUUUCACGCUCUUAUAUUCUUUUUUUUUCUUAUUCUUUCCACAUAUUCUUUUUUUCUUAUAUUCUUUUUUAUAUUCUUAUAUUUUUGUUUAUUCUUUUUUUUCUUAUAUUUUUUUUACAUUCUUUCUUAUAUUCUUUUUUCUUUUCUUAUAUUCUUUCACGCUCUUAUAUUCUGUUUCUUUUUCUUAUAUUCUUUCACACGCUUAUAUAUUUUUUUUUUCUUAUAUUCUUUCACUGUUUCUUUUUCUUAUAUUCUUUUUAUUCUGUUUCUUUUCUUAUAUUCUUUUCACGCUCUUAUAUUCUUUUCACAUUCUUUCACACGCUUAUUCUUUUUUCUUAUAUUCUUUUUUAUAUUCUUUUAUUUUUCUUAUAUUCUUUCACGCUUAUAUUCUUUUUUUUUAUUAUUUCAUUAUAUUCUUUUUCUUUUUUCUUAUAUUCUUUCACACGCUUAUAUUUUUUCUUAUAUUCUUUCACAUCUUAUAUUCUGUUUCUUUUUUUUAUAUUCUUAUAUUCUUUUUUCUUAUAUUCUUUCACGCUCUUAUAUUCUUUUUCUUAUAUUCUUUUCACGCUUUAUAUUCUUUUUCUUUUUCUUUUAUAUUUCUUUUUCUUUUUCUUAUAUUCUUUCCUGCAGCUUUAUUUUUUUUUCUUAUAUUCUUUCACGCUCUUAUAUUCUGUUUUUUUUCUUAUAUUCUUUCACGCUUAUAUUCUUUUCUUUUUCUUUCCGCUCUUAUAUUCUUUCUUUUCUCUUUUUUUUUUUUUCUUAUAUUCUUUCACACGCUUAUAUUCUUUUUUUUUUUUUCUUAUAUUCUUUCACGCUCUUAUAUUCUGUUUUUUUAUAUUCUUUUCACACGCUUUUAUAUUCUUUUUCUCUUUUCUUUAUAUUCUUUCACGCUAUAUUCUUUAUAUUCUUUUUCUUUUUCUUUCUAUAUUCUUUUUUUUUUUUAUAUUCUUUCACUUUUUCUUUUAUUCUUUCUUUCUCUUUUAUAUUCUGUUUCUUUUUCUUAUAUUCUUUCAUUAUUUUUUUCUUAUAUUCUUUAUUCUUAUAUUCUUUUUCUUUUUUUUAUAUUCUUUUCACGCUCUUUUAUAUAUUCUGUUUCUUUUCUUAUAUUCUUUCACACGCUUUAUAUUCUUUUCUUUUUCUUAUAUUCUUUCACGCUCUUAUAUUCUUUUUUUUUUUAUUUUCUUUUCACUUUCACGCUUUUUUUUUCUUAUAUUCUUCUUAUAUUCUUUUCUUUUUUUUUUAUUUCUUUUUUUCUUAUAUUCUUUCACGCUCUUAUAUUCUGUUUCUUUUUCUUAUAUUCUUUCACACGCUUAUAUUCUUUUUCUUAUAUUCUUUCACGCUCUUAUAUUCUUUUUCUUUUUUUUAUAUUCUUUCACACGCUUAUAUUCUUUUUCUUAUAUUCUUUCACGCUCUUAUAUUCUGUUUCUUUUUCUUAUAUUCUUUCACACGCUUAUAUUCUUUUUCUUAUAUUCUUUCACGCUCUUAUAUUCUGUUUCUUUUUCUUAUAUUCUUUCACACGCUUAUAUUCUUUUUCUUAUAUUCUUUCACGCUCUUAUAUUCUUUUUUUUUCUUAUAUUCUUCUUUUUUUUUUUUCUAUUUCUUUUUUUUUUUCUUAUAUUCUUUCAUUCUUUUUUAUAUUCUUUUUUAUAUUCUGUUUCUUUUUUCUUAUAUUCUUUCACACGCUUAUAUUCUUUUUCUUCUUUCAUAUUCUUUUUUUUUUACGCUUUCACUUAUAUUCUUUUUUCUUUUUUUUUUUUUUAUAUAUUCUUUUUUCACAUAUCUUUCACUUUAUAUUCUUUUUUUUUUAUAUUCUUUCUUAUAUUCUUUUAUAUUCUUUCACACGUUUUUUUUUUCUUAUAUUCUUUUUCACGCUCUUAUAUUCGCUUUUUCUAUUUCUUUUUCUUUCUUUUCUUAUUCUUUCACGCUCUUAUAUUCUGUUUCUUUUUCUUAUAUUCUUUCACGCUUUAUAUUCUUUUUCUUAUAUUCUUUCACGCUCUUAUAUUCUGUUUCUUUUUCUUAUAUUCUUUCACACGCUUUAUAUUCUUUUUUCUUAUUCUUUCACGCUUUUUUUUUUUUUCUUAUAUUCUUUCACGCUCUUAUAUUCUUUUUUUUUUUAUAUUCUUUUUCUUUUUCUUAUAUUCUUUCACGCUUAUAUUCUUUUUUCUUAUAUUCUUUCACGCUCUUAUAUUCUGUUUUUUUUUUUAUAUUCUUUCACACGCUUAUAUUCUUUUUUUUUAUAUUCUUUCACGCUCUUAUAUUCUGUUUUUUUUUUCUUAUAUUCUUUCACACGCUUUAUAUUCUUUUUUUUUUCUUAUAUUCUUUCACGCUUAUAUAUUCUGUUUUUUUCUUUUUCUUAUAUUCUUUUCACACGCUUAUAUUCUUUUUCUUAUAUUCUUUCACGCUCUUAUAUUCUGUUUUUUUUCUUAUAUUCUUUCACACGCUUUAUAUUUCUUAUAUUUUUUUCUUAUAUUCUUUCACGCUCUUAUAUUCUUUUUUUUUUUUCUUUUUUUUAUAUUCUUUCACACGCUUAUAUUCUUUUUCUUUUUUUUAUAUUCUUUCACGCUCUUAUAUUCUUUUUUUUUUUUUUUAUAUUCUUUUCACACGCUUAUAUUCUUUUUUCUUAUAUUCUUUCACGCUCUUAUAUUAUAUUCUUUUUUCUUUAUUCUUUCACACGCUUAUAUUCUUUUUUUUCUUAUAUUCUUUCACGCUUUAUAUUUUUUUUCUUAUAUUUCUUUCACGCCUUUAUAUUCUUAUAUUCUUUUUUCUUAUAUUCUUUUCACACGCUUUUCUAUUCUUUUUCUUAUAUUCUUUCACGCUCUUAUAUUCUGUUUCUUUUUUCUUAUAUUCUUUCACACGCUUAUAUUCUUUUUUUUUUAUAUUCUUUCACGCUCUUUUAUAUUCUUUUUCUUUAUUCUUAUAUUCUUUUUCUUAUUUCACACGCUUUAUAUUCUUUUCUUUUCUUAUAUUCUUUCACGCUCUUAUAUUCUUUUUCUUUUUUCUUAUAUUCUUUCACACGCUUAUAUUCUUUUUCUUUCUUUAUUCUUUUUCACGCUUAUAUUCUGUUUCUUUUUCUUAUAUUCUUUCACACUUAUAUUCUUUUUUUCUUAUAUUCUUUUUCUUAUAUUUUUCUUUUCUUAUAUUCUUUUCUUAUAUUCUUUUUUUUUUUUUUAUAUUCUUUCACACAUAUUCUUUUUUUUUUUUCUUAUAUUCUUUUUCUUAUAUUCUUUUCUUAUAUUCUUUCUUUUUCUUAUAUUCUUUUCUUUUUUCUUAUAUUCUUUUCACACGCUUAUAUUCUUUUUUUUUAUUAUAUUCUUUCACGCUCUUAUAUUCUGUUUCUUUUUUCUUUAUAUUCUUUCACAUUUAUAUUCUUUUUCUUAUAUUCUUUCACGCUCUUAUAUUCUGUUUCUUUUUCUUAUAUUCUUUUCACACGCUUAUAUUCUUUUUUCUUAUAUUCUUUUCAUAUUCUUUUAUAUUCUUUUUUUUUUUUAUAUUCUUUCACACGCUUUAUAUUCUUUUUUUCUUAUAUUCUUUUUCACUUAUAUUCUUUAUAUUCUGUUUUCUUUUUCUUAUAUUCUUUCACACGCUUAUAUUCUUUUUCUUAUAUUUCUUUCACGCUCUUAUAUUCUUUUUUUUUUUUCUUAUAUUCUUUUCUUAUAUUCUUUCACGCUUAUAUUCUUUUUCUUUUUCUUAUAUUCUUUCACGCUCUUUAUAUUCUGUUUUUUUUUUAUUCUUCUUUUUCACAUUCUUUAUAUUCUUUUUUUUUCUUAUAUUCUUUCAUAUUCUGCUUUUUCUUAUAUUCUUUUCUUUUUUCUUAUAUUCUUUCAUGCGCUUAUAUUUUUUUUUAUAUUCUUUCACGCUCUUAUAUUCUGUUUCUUUUUCUUAUAUUCUUUCACACGCUUUUCUUUAUAUUCUUUUUUCUUAUAUUCUUUCACGCUCUUAUAUUUUUUUUUUUUUCUUAUAUUCUUUUUCUUUUUCUUAUAUUCUUUCCUUAUAUUCUUUUUUUUUCUUAUAUUCUUUCACGCUCUUUAUAUUCUUUUUUUUUUUCUUAUAUUCUUUCACAUAUUCUGCUUUUUUUUCUAUAUUCUUUUUUAUAUUUAUUUUUUUUUAUAUUCUUUUCACGCUCUUAUAUUCUUUUUCUUUUUCUUUUUCUUUUUCUUAUAUUCUUUCACGCUUUAUAUUCUUUUUUUUUUUCUUAUAUUCUUUCACGCUCUUAUAUUUUUUUUUUCUUUUUCUUAUUCUGUUUAUUCUUUUUUUUCUUAUAUUCUUUCACGCUUAUAUUCUUUUUCUUUUUCUUAUAUUCUUUCACGCUUAUAUUCUUUUUUCUUUUUCUUUUUCUUUCACGCUUUAUAUUCUUUCUUUUUCUUAUAUUCUUUCACACGCUUAUAUUUAUUUUCUUUUUUUUCUUAUAUUCUUUCACGCUUUAUAUUCUUUUUCUUUUUCUUAUAUUCUUUCACACGCUUAUAUUCUUUUCUUUUUUCUUAUAUUCUUUCACGCUUUUUCUUAUAUUCUUUCCGUUUCUUUUUUUCUUAUAUUCUUUCACACGCUUAUAUUCUUUUUCUUAUAUUUCUUUCAUAUUCUUUCACGCUCUUAUAUUCUGUUUCUUUUUCUUAUAUUCUUUCACACGCUUAUAUUCUUUUUCUUUUUCUUAUAUUCUUUCACGCUCUUAUAUUCUGUUUCUUUUUCUUAUAUUCUUUCACACGCUUAUAUUCUUUUUCUUAUAUUCUUUCACGCUCUUAUAUUCUGUUUCUUUUUCUUAUAUUCUUUCACACGCUUAUAUUCUUUUUCUUAUAUUCUUUCACACUCUUAUAUUCUUUUCACGCCUUAUAUUCUUUUUCUUUUUUUUUCUUAUAUUCUUUCACUCUUAUAUUCUUUUCUUUUCUUAUAUUCUUUCUUUUAUUCUUUUUUUAUUCUUUAUUCUUAUAUUCUUUUUUUUCUUAUAUUCUUUCACACUCUUAUAUUCUUUUUUUUUCUUAUAUUCUUUCUUUUCUUACGCUUUUCACGCUAUUCUUUUUUUUUUUUAUAUUCUUUCACACUCUUAUAUUUUUUUUUUUCUUAUAUUCUUUACAUUCUUUCUUUAUAUUCUUUUCUUUUUUCUUAUAUUCUUUCACACUCUUAUAUUCUUUUUUAUAUUCUUUUUCUUAUUCUUUCAACGCUCUUAUAUUCUUUUUUUUUUUUUCUUAUAUUCUUUCACAUCUUAUAUUCUUUUUUUUUAUAUUCUUUCACGUUCUUAUAUUCUGUUUUCUUUUCUUAUAUUCUUUCACUUAUAUUCUUUUUUAUUCUUAUAUUCUUUUUCUUUUUAUAUUAUAUUCUUUUUUCUUUUUUAUAUUCUUUUUUUUCUCUUCUUUUCACACGCUUAUAUUCUUUUUUCUUAUAUUCUUUAAUUCUGUACACUCUUAUAUAUUCUUUCUCUUUCUUAUAUUCUUUUUUCUUAUACAGAGGCAGUUAUAUUCUUUUUACUAUAUUCUUUCACACUUUUUCUUUAUUCUUUUUUUUCUUAUAUUCUUUUUUCUUAUUUAGAGGCAGAUCUUAUAUUCUGUUUUCUUUUCACAGGGCAGUUAUAUUCUGUUUCUUUUUCUUUCACACUCUUAUAUUCUUUUUUCUCUCUCUCUUUUUGAGGAUCUUAUAUUCUUUUUCUUAUACAGAGGCAGUUAAAUUCUUACAUGGCUUUCUCAUUUCUCUUAUUCUUUUCUCUUUUCUUAUAUUCUGUUUUCUUAUUUUAUAUUCCUUUUCUUUUUCUUAUAUUGGUCUAUCUCUCUUUUUGAGGAUCUUAUAUUCUUUUCUUAUACAGAGGCAGUUAAAUUCUUUCACACACACACCUUGGUCUAUCUCUAUAUUUCUGUUUUCUUUUACAUAUUCUUUUAAAUUCCUGUACUUAUAUUCUUUUCUUUUUCUAUCUAUUCUUUUUCUUUUUCUUAUAUUCUGUUUUCUUUUUCUAAUAUUCUUUCAUGGCUUAUUCUGA